AUGAGUUCCGUUAAACCUCUCUUAUCGAAGGACGACGAGCGAGCGGAGCAGUUGCUGAAAUCGUUGACGCGUGUGAAGGGCAAGCGAAUGGAAACCGGACUGCUUUGGCGGUGUGACGAUGUUCGACUGCCGGACAGCAAACCGAUGGCGAUGAGACGGCUGAUCUGUUUGGAGAAGCGAAUGCAGCGGGACCCGGCGUUGGCUGAAGCGGUGAAGGAGAAGAUUCGGGAUUACGAACGAGCCGGGUACAUCGAGAAGCUGACGAAGAACCAGUUAGCCGAGAAAUUCGAUCGGGUUUGUUUCCGGGAGUUCCGUAUAGCCAUCACCGGUGACAUUCGGGAGAUGUUUCUGCAGAUCUCGAUGAACUGGCUCGAUCAACAGUGUUUGAGAUUCCUAUGGCGGGACGACGAGCAAGAUCGCAGCCCAGACGUCUACGUUACGAAAGUGAUGACCUUCGGAGCGACGUGUUCACCAAGUACUGCGCAGUACGUGAAGAACUACAACGCGGAGCGGUUCCAGGAUGAGUUUCCACGAGCGGUAGAAGCAAUCGUGAAGGAGCACUACGUCGACGAUAUGCUGUCAAGCGUAGAGACGGAAGAAGAGGCGAUAAAGUUGGCGAAAGAUGUCCGGCACGUCCACGCGGAAGCGGGCUUUGAGAUCCGGAACUGGCUAUCAAAUUCGAAUCGAGUGCUGCAGGAGUUGGAUGCGAGUCCCGGAGAGAAGAGUUUGAAUCUUUCGGGCGAGAUGGCGACGGAGAAGGUUCUUGGCAUGUGGUGGUGUACAGCGACUGAUACGUUUACCUACAAAAUUCCUCCGAGAGUCAACGCCGAGCUGCUGCAAGGUGACAUCGUUCCAACGAAAAGGCAGAUCUUAAGCACGCUGAUGACCAUCUACGAUCCGCUGGGACUACUGGCGCACUUCUUAAUGUUCCUGAAGAUACUGUUGCAGGAGAUUUGGCGAAGUGUUGUAGGCUGGGACGAGUCCAUCAAAAGUGAGCAGUUCGAGAAAUGGCAGACCUGGUUGCGCGUCCUCCCGCAAGUGGAAUCGGUCAGCGUGCCAAGGUGUUACCGAUCGAAGACGAGCAUAAGCGAGCGGAAUUCGAUUCAGCUGCAUGUGUUUGUGGAUGCGUCGAAGAACGGCUUUGCUGCAGUCGCCUAUCUGCGGUUCGAAGAGGAUGGAGAGGUUGAGUGUGCGCUCAUCCGUGCGAAGACUAGAGUAGCUCCACUGCGAUUCGUGUCGAUUCCCAGACUAGAACUACAGGCAGCAGUCAUCGGUGCCCGUCUAGCGAACGACGCCAUGGAGACGCACAAGCUGAAGCCUACGCAAAGAUUCUUCUGGACGGAUUCACGCAACGUCCUCAGUUGGCUGAAUUCCGAUCACCGGAAAUAUCAUCAGUUUGUUGCGAUACGGAUCAGUGAAAUGUUGGAGUUGACGGAAUCAUCGGAAUGGAACUGGAUUCCGACGAAGCUGAACGUCGCUGACGAUGCAACAAAGUGGCAGAAUCUCCCGGAUCUUUCUCCUAGCAGUCGCUGGUUCCGUGCUCCGGAGUUCCUGUGGGGACCGAAAGAGGGAUGGCCAGUCAUCGAAUCCAAGUUCGAUCAUACCGCAGAGGAGAUACGGGCGCAUGUGCAGCACCAUUCCGUCGAACGCGCUCUAUUCCGGUGGGAAGAUUUUUCGAGAUGGAACCGUCUUCUGCGACACGUUGCCUUCAUUCAACGAUUUCCGUCGAAUCUACGUCGGGGGCGGUCGAAGGAGCCCAUCAUUACUGGACCGCUAACGCAAGAGGAGCUGAGAAAAGCGGAGAUGUUCAUCCUCAUAUCGGUGCAAGAUGCUGAGUUCGCCGAGGAGAAAGCUCUGCUGCAGAAGCCGAAGCCGGUGUCGUGGAAGAACGUGUUGCCGAAGCGUAGCUCGCUGUACAAGCUGAGUCCGUUCCUAGCCGAAGAUGGUUUGCUGCGAAUGAAUGGUCGGAUCGACGAAUGUGCGCAUGUGGAGGAAUGCACGAAGCAUCCGAUACUGCUUCCGAAGCGACAUCUGGUUACGGACCUUAUCAUAGCCAGCGUUCAUCAAAAGUUCUGCCACAUGAAUCACCAGUCAACGCUCAACGAAAUCCGCCGCAGAUUCUACGUUCCGGCAUUGAAAUCGGUCUAUAACCGUGUCCGUGACCGAUGCCAGCACUGCAAGAUUCUUCGAGCGAAACCAGAAGCCCCCGAGAUGUCUGGCCUAUCGGUUGGACGCCUACAGCCAUUUUGCCGUCCAUUUUCCUACGUUGGUAUCGACUACUUCGGACCGAUGCACUACACCUCGAAGUCGCACACAGCCUCACCACCGACUCAUGCAUUCUCGCCAUACGAAACUUCAUCGCCAGGAGAGGUGCCCCGGUUCAGAUCAUCAGCGAUCGAGGCACCAACUUCAUCGGAGCCAGCCGCGAACUGA